UAUGAUGACCCACCACAUAACAGCCACAAAUCAACACGUCUCUCUUUGAAUGAAAGAAGAAGAAACUGGAAAUUAUGGAAAAGGAAAGAGAAAGGGUGAAGAAAGUGGAACUCAUACAGAAAGCAAUCGACCAAUUAAUCAAACAUGAACAACUUCAAUCAAAAACAUGUCAUCUUCUUGAUGACAGUUUCGUUGCCGUUGAUAAUGAUGAUGAUGAAGAAGCCGACCACCGCCACCAACUCCUCUCACAACUUGUAACUCAGCUGGAUUCACUAAAAGAAGAAUCUCAAUUGAAUGAAUCAACCAACUUACAAGAAGCACCAGUUGAAAUUCAAUCUGAAGAAGAAGAUAAGGUAGUAAAAGAGUUGAGGAAGAUACAGAAGCAGAAUUUUAUCACACAAUGUCUUUUAUCAGCCAUGAUUCUCCUCACCUUGACAUGGCAACUAUCUGAGGUUUCUAUCAUUUUGAAAAUGAAAGAUGGAUUAAAUCAUCCCUUUAGAUCCAUUACUAGUAUGCUUACGGGCUGGAUGAAACGCCCUCCACCUCUAUUAAAUGGUCCAGACGACCAUCUAAACAACUCUGAAAAACAUCAAGUUGAAGCUAUGUCUCUCCCAAAGCUAAAAGUUCCAGAGCUUCCACAUAUGGAGUUGCCGUCUUUCGACUUCAUCAAUGAAGAAGACUAGCAUUUCCCAUUCACUCACUUCUUACACAAGUAUUUCAAAACACCAACAACUCAUGCUGUAAUAUUGUAAACCCUAUGAAUAAAUAAGGUAUUAUUAGGAUUGGUUUGGUUGAA